AAGUUAGAAUUAAACAAUGCAGUGAGACGUUUUAUUUUGAACAACAUGGCAAUAAGAGAUCGCCGAAUGGUACUGUACAUGAUGUAACUACGAUCAUUUUUAAAAAGGGUAAUAAGAUCAGAAGAAAGGAUCAUGGCAAGGGAGCGUCAAGGAAGAAAAUUUUCCUCAGUGAGGGAGCGGAGUCUUGACAGUAGUACAAACGAUGAUUGGGAAACAUUAUUUGAGCCAAGUGUAACUGACAAAGGUAAAUCUCAAACAUCUAAAGCAGAUCUUGAUCUUGAUCUUUUUAAUUUUGAGGAACCUGCAGCACAACAGAGUCGUUAUGUUUUGACAAGUCCAAGGUCUCUGGAGGCUUGUGGAAGGUUUGGAAUAAAGCCUGUAGAACUGUUACACAAGUCAUUGGAGGAGUUUGUUGAGGAAUUCAGGUCUUUGUAUGAUACUGACUACCCACUGCUUGCUGUUCGAGAAGUGUUUCAGGAACAUGAAAGGCAAAGGCUUAGAAAAUUAAAGCUUUGCAGAGAGGAAAGGGGAAGGAUAAUUAGGGAAAGAAGUUCCGAGUCUGCCAUGAGCAGUCAAGGUAGACAUUUCACAUCAAGGUCGCUAAGCCCUGAAAACAAACUAGACAAGGGAUGGAGAACAUCUCAUGAGGAAAAAGAAAAUGGAAGGACACCUUCUCCCGUUGACAGACAGAAAUAUCACAGAGGUUCAAGUCCACUGAGUGACAGAGGAAAAGAAAACAUGUAUGCGAUAGACAGAAAAACCUCAAAGCCUCCAUCAGAGCAAACAAACUACAGGACUCGGUACGCUUCAAGUCCAAAGAGUCGUAGUCCUGUAAGUCCUAAGGGUGGUAGUGUGAAUUACGUCGAGAGCUCUGACUCAGAGACUGAGGCAGAGGCCAAGAGGACAUGGUCUGCAAGUGUUGUUUAUUCACACGGACAUUCACCGAGAACAAGUAAGAAACCCUCAUCUGCAGGAUCCUUCAGAAAAAGAGCCAAUUCGCUCAUCAAGAGAACAGCCUCUAUGGAUAGUAUCGACUUGUUACGUUCAGUGCCAAGUGCAUCAAGUGGAAAGGGUUUGUCUGAAAAGGAUCAACGUAUUGUGAAUUUAAUGAUGUCCAGACAUGAAGAAGAAGAGAGAUCUCGUAAGGAACGAUUGAUGUUGGAGUUAGAGUGGGACGAACAAAGAAAAAUAGAAGAACAACUGAAAAAAGCUCGACAGCAACAGAGACAAGCUGAAAUAUGGGACACUUAUAAAGCUAAGGAUGCUAAACAAUUUGAAGUGCGGGCAAGAAGACUAAGAAAUGAACAAAGGUUGAAAAAAGAUCAACUUGAGAGGCUGUUGUCGAGGGACAGCGCCUGGCAGAUGGAGAAAAGAAAACAAGAACAAAUCAGGGGUACAAAAAUGCUGGCCAAGAAAAUCAAAGAAACCGAGAAAAAACAGAAGCAGGUAGAAAAUAUGUGGCAGAAACAAAGGGAAGACGAAUUACAUCGCAACAUGAGCCAGCUUAAUCUUUUAGACAAACAUAAAACCGCUUUUGAGAAGAGGAAUCAUUUAUCUGCUCAAGAACACUUGAAAGUUCAAAGUCGGAAUCACAGUGUGAAAACCAGACACACUAAUACGAGAAAACAAUUGGUUCAACAGUUAAGCCAAGAAGAAGAGAAUCUAAAACACGAAGUGGCCAUUAAACAUCAAAACGCUGUAAUGAAUUACCAGAGACAACUGACUCGAAAAGAUAACCAGAUGGCGUUAAAUAGGAUAAAGAGAGAGGAGCGAAUUGAAAGGCAACAGGAACAGUUGAGGAGGAAGGCAAAUGAUAUGGAUGAAUGGAGAAAAGAACUCACAGUUUUCAGGGAAGAGAAAGACAAGCAAGCUGAAGGUACUGCAAAAAUGGUAAUAGCUUCUAAACAGCACAGAGUUAAAUCACAACUUGCCGCUGAGAAAGACGAACAUCAGCAAAAUCUAGUAAGGGUAAAACAAGCUCUCGAAGAAAGGAAAAGAGAAAUUCAAGAAGAUAUUGAAGUUAAAGAUGAGCGAAGUAGAAUGGUUAAUGCAGAAAAAGAUGAAAUUCGGAGACAGAACCGUGAUGCAGCUCGAACCUCUCAGGCCGUGAGGGACUUGAUCAGAGAACAGACGCUCAGAGGUUCCUUUGACAGGAUGGCAGAGGCCGCUCAGCACCAAGCUUUUGUAGGGCGUGGCCCACAGACAGGACACAAGAAUAAAUCCACUUUGAAACUGGGCUAAUGAACUAAAAAUAUGAAUUUAGGAAUGGCCGCUAGUGAUUGUUUGUAAGUGUGAAUUAGUACUUCCUCGAGAUUAUUUAUUUCAUCUGCAAAACAUAUCUUGCAUCGUUUAUGGUGUAGGCCAUUUUUUGGCUCGUAUUCAAAAUUAAAACUUACCUUAGUUUUAGUUAAAUGUACAUAUAAACAAAGUGAGAAUUGUUCUCAAUUAAGUAGGGUAGGAAAUAUUUGGAGAAGAAAUAGAACACUCAAGGGCUUGACCCUUCUCCGGCGUAUACAGGUCAUGUACGUUCGUCGAAUUCACAGUCUGUAUCACUGAUGAAACUAAAACUUACACAAGUGAUUUUUUUGCAAAUAAAACGAACUUUUUAAGCUCGUGGCUACGCCUUGUUCCUAAUGAAAUUUGAUGUCACUCGACGGUUAGAAGGUGGUUGGCAAGACUAGGGCCAGCGGCGUUGAAGUCUCUUUUAAGUCUCUUUUAAGUCUCUUUUAAGUCUCUUAACGAUUGUUUUAAGUGUCCUUUCUAGAACAGGAUUGCAAAUUGCAUUUGAAUUUUAGACCAGCGCAGUAUUUACGGUAUGGAGUUUGGGACAUUCAGCGAUACAAACCAAUCCAAAGAUUCAUUAGGGCAGGCUCACAGGUUUGAUAAAAAGCCGUUAUGUAUUUUCAUAGAACUGUUCAGAGGUUUCACACAGAAUGAUUGUAAAGGGAAAUCAAAUCGUUGUCUAACAAGUACGACUGGGAAAGACAAAU